AUGGGAAACUCACAGAAUUGCGCCAAAUCUAAAGGAUGGUCCGGGUAUGAUGAGGUGUAUGAUUGCACGGGUGCAGACAUUGCAAGAAACGGCUACAAGAGAAAGAAACGAAGAGUGCAGAUCGGCUCAGGCUCCUUCAAGCUCGUCUACAGGGCUCGGUGGCAGCAGCCGCAUGGCAGCAGCGCUGACGUGGCAAUCCAACGAAUCCGAGGCAGCGGACCCACUGGGAGGAGAGAAGAGUUCGAGCAGGAGGUGAAGAUCUUCCACCAGCUGGGCCUUCACCCCAACCUCCUUCGCCUCCUCGCCACCAGCAUCGAGCCGAGCUCCGGCGACUACUGCCUGGUGACUGAGUUUGCUUCCAAAGGCUCUCUCGAUGGGAUCUUGUCCAACUUUGCCGAGGAGGAGAAGACGAUGAGUCUGCUGGUGCAGCUGCAGGUGGCGAGGCAGAUCUGCGACGGGAUGGUGCAGCUGUCGCUGCAUAAGGUUGUGCAUCGGGACCUGGCGGCGAGGAACGUGCUUGUGUUCAGCCUGGACCCGGAGGAUCACCUGGCUGUCAGCGUCAAGAUCGCAGACUACGGGCUGUCCAUCAUGGCCUCGCGCGGGUACGGGGAGAGUAGGGCCGGGAGCGUGAGCACGGCAGGCUCGACGGCUCGACCCGUGCGGUGGAUGGCGCCGGAGAGCAUGAGACGAAGAGAGUACUCGGAGAUGAGCGACGUGUGGGCGUUCGGGGUGACCAUGUGGGAGGUCUGGACGUACGGAGAAGUGCCUUACUGGGCCAUCACAGAUGACGCUGAGGUGGGACCCAAGGUUGUAGAUGGCGAGCGACUAGCGGCUCCUUCAGCAUGUCCGCCUAAAGUUUAUUUGAUCAUGCAAAAAUGCUGGAAGGAGAAGAAGACCGAGCGACCAAGCUUCAGCCAGCUACAGAAGCUGCUUCAGGAGCAGUACGACGAAGCCGUCGAAGUUCGCGGCCAGCAAUGCGUCGUCUGCAUGGAGCGAAGAGCUGAAUGGGCGCUGAUCCCCUGCGGUCACAAGUGUCUGUGUGAGGACUGCAAGGAGGGAGCGACGUCGAGGCCAUGCCCGAUGUGUCGCUCGAGCGCGACGAACAUCUACAAGAUCUACUAG